UGACCCAGGGGACAGUAGGAAAGUAAAUCAGUGUUGUCACAGAAAAAGUCACUGACCUGAGGAACAGAUGAUUUAUUCAAACACUCAGCUGCUGAAAGGGACAGAAGCUGCACAAGUGACAAAUGGUGCAGGUGAAAUGGUGUCACUUCUGGUAAAAAGCUGAAGGUUUUCUUGUUACUUGGACACACACCCCCUACUCAGAGAUCUUCUUAAUAAAGAAGCAGCUGAACUUUACCCUUGGAUCAAACUAUAAAUUCCUCAGUGCAAAAAAAAAAACCCUCUGCAAGUAUUUUUGAAAACAUGCAUAAACUCCUUGCACGAGUGAACGCUCCACUGAGCUCCAGAAGAGUCGAGCACGGAGUCGGUUCUGCGCUUCAGCUGCCCCGGACGAGUGGUUCAUUAUGUCAGGAGACCGAGUCGAAGAACCGGAGAGUCCGGAUGCCGACAUUUAAUUUCACCCCUGAGACAUACCAGGGUAUGAGUAAGGAGAAGAUGCUGGAGAUCAGGAAGCUGAACUGUAAUGCCAUGACCAUGAAGGUGACGUGCUACAAGAAGCCACUUUUUAUCCAUCAUGGUUUCAUGCAGUGGCUGUGGGACGUGGACGGGUCGCGCUAUCUGGACAUGUUCGCAGGGGUCGCCACCGUCAGCCUGGGGCACUGCCAUCCGAAAGUAAAUAAAGCUGCACAGGAGCAGCUGCAGCGCCUUUGGCACACUUCAGCUAUUUACGUUCAUCCUCCGAUCCAGGAAUAUGUAGAAAAUCUCGUCUCACAUCUGCCUGAACCUUUGAAGGUAGUGUAUCUGACUAACAGUGGCUCCGAGGCCAAUGAUCUGGCUCUGCUGAUGGCGAGAUUACACACAGGAAACUAUGAUGCCAUCACUUUUAGAGGCUCCUAUCACGGUGGGAGUCAACUAACGAUGGGUCUGACCUCAAAUGCAGUGUAUAAAUACCCAGUAGCCUCCAGUGUGGGCUGCUAUAAUACCAUGUGUCCGGACGUGUUCAGGGGCCUGUGGGGGGGGAGUCACUGCAGAGAUUCACCUGUUCAGACCAUCAGAGAGUGCAGCUGCCCUCCUGAUCAGUGUCACGCUAACGAGCGCUACCUGGAGCAGCUGGAGGAAGUGUUCAGGACGAGCGUACCCAGUCGCAUCGCCGCCUUCUUCGCAGAACCCAUUCAGGGAUUAGGAGGAAUUGUCCAGUACCCUAAGAACUUCCUGAAGGAAGCCUACAAGCUAGUGAGAGAGAAAGGUGGAAUAUGUAUCGCUGAUGAGGUUCAGACCGGUUUUGGACGCACAGGAAGUCACUUCUGGGGUUUUCAGAGCCAUGACGUUGUUCCAGACAUUGUGACAAUGGCUAAAGGAAUGGCUAACGGGUUUCCCAUGGGGGCCGUGGUCACGAGCGAGGAAAUUGCUCGUUCCUUUGCUGAAGGACUUCACUUCAACACGUUCGGAGGAAACCCUCUGGCCUGCAGCAUCGCCUCAGCCGUGCUGGACACAAUUAACGAGGAGCGGAUCCAGGAGAACUGUGCCGUAGUAGGAACACAUCUAUUAAAGGAACUCGCCAAACUGCGAGACAAGUACGAGAUCCUGGGGGAUGUUCGGGGAAAAGGACUGCACCUGGGGGUGGAGAUGGUUACAGAUAAAGCGAGUCGAGAUCCUCUUCCUCCUGAGGCCAUGAUUCAGAUUAUGGAGGACACCAAGGACAUGGGAGUGCUGGUGGGCAGAGGAGGGAUUUACGGACAGACGUUCAGGAUCCAGCCACCGAUGUGCAUCACUAAAGAAGACGCCGAUUUCUUCCUCGCCGUGUUCGAUCAGGCGCUGCACAACUACACGGAGAGGAGAUGAGAAGAACAGCAGCAGCACAACACCGAGCCUGACAGAUCGGAUCUGUUCCAAGACAGCACACAGAUCUGCACUUCACCUAAAUGGUUCUGUUCUGAAUCGACACUCAAUUGACUUUCCUCUUCUCCUACAAACAGCAUGCAGUCGGGCUGCGUUUUACAUCAGACACAACAACACAGAUGGGUUCUGAUCAAACCCUAACCAGAUUCUCCUUCGUCAUCAUUUCUUCAGAUAAUGCAGCUGAUUUGAAUCAUUUGACUCAUAUGACUCAGUGCCAUCAUGCUCGCCAAACUAAUCCUCAGAACCUUUAGCAGUAUUUAACACAAGUAUUAAUAAAUGAAAUAAAACAUAAAAGGAAGGAAAAAAAAACUUGAUGACUGCCAGAAGAUGUCUUAAAAAGGAAGUGAAAUAAAUAAAAAUUAAAAAAUGAAUGAAAAAAAA